CUCGCCACGACCCUUAAAAAUGACUGUACAACAAGCAAUGGAACUUGAGCCGAACUGGUUAUUUUUGAAUGGCCAGUUGAAGACUAUUGAUGAAAUAAGGAAUUCCAAAAUGAAUAAUAAUUUAUUAUCAAUCCAUGGAAACAACUUGCCUACAUUUUCCGACCAAAAUAAUAAAAAUUGCAAAUGUAUUGUUCUCUUGGCUGGACGUCAGCAGUUCCAAAACUCUGCCAUAAUUCAAAAAUAUUUGGGUCCAAUAUUACCAAUAUCCAAGGACUUAAGUUGCAUCUGUAAAUCGAAUCCUUAUGUGCAAUCGUCAUUUUGAACUUUUAAUUUUUUAACACAGAGUGUUGGGUAAAGACAUAAUUAUUAAA